CGUUUGGUUUGCUUCGGGUAUUAAUGGUGCUUCAACAUCCGCAAGGGAACUUCACGGUCCAAAUACGACAUAAAGGAACCUGUGCUUGACCUGCAUUUCAUUCUCAUCAGUUCUUCGUCGCGACAUGUGCACUAUUGCAAGACUCCUGAGCAGCACGCUGCUGCUCAUAUCCAGCAGCGCGUUCGUAAUCGCGGCGGAGCAAGCAGUCUCGAACUUCGAGACGGUGCACACGAGUAACGCGGCAAUCUUGAAUCGGCUUGGUCUCGCGCCUCUUCAAAUCCCCGAUGGCCAUCACAAGAAACGUCUAGCGGGUCCCGAACCACCUGGAUUAAGCUCUCAAACACGUAUUCAUCAGCCGUACAGUCGUCGUCACGGCCAUCGCGACAGCCACGUCUACAUAGUGAAACUUCCCGCCAGUCCUCCCUACUACACCAUCACCAAACCCCAUAAAUCCGUGAAGGACGAGAAGGUAACGAAAACAGGCCCGAAUUUCCCGGUAGGAUUUCAGGGGAACGGUAAACCGGCGAAGAUCUACCAUUGGAAUCUGCCCGUGGUGAAGAAGAUCGGCGAGAAGAAGAGGCUUCACACUCAAAUGAAGAUGGAACUGGCGAAGAAGAAACUCGACGACGCGAAGAAGUAUCAAUCUUCGUCGUCGACGAAGAAUCACCAGGAGAAUAAUAGCCAUCAGAGCGGCUCGAAGACCAGUCAAGAUCCUCGUUUUGACGACAACAACAAGAAAUACUUGAGCUCUGAGAACAAGAUGAUCGGUGUUCGUCAGAAGUCGAGUCAAUCGAAACACGUGAGAAACAACGACAAGAGGCUGAGCUAUCCGGAGCAGCACGAGGAGAAGAAGAACGAAUCGUUGAAGAAGAGCAACGCGAACACGAGCAACAAAACUUACAGGCUCGACGAUUCAGGUGUGCACAGGAUUCACCUGACGAACGAGCUUCACGGCUCGAGGAACACGGCGAAGGUGAAGAAACACCGGAAGAAGGCGGCCAUGUCUUACUACGCGCCGAUAAGUGGCAAAUCUGGCUCGACCAGCAUCCACAAGAAUUUCCCAGGAAACGGGAAACCAAAAGCGUUCUACGUGAUGGAGAAAAGUCGCAAGCCUGUCUAUUAUCAUCCUUUAUUACCUUAAUCCGUCUGUUCGCCAAGAAAAGUGUGUCUCUGUGUGUGUGUGUGUGUGUGUGUAAUGGGCACGUUAGACGGUGUUAACGGGCGGUGUGUGCUUGUUAGCCUAAGUAGUCGCGGUGAGACGAGAGAGCCAAGGGCCACGUCGUUACACGACGACGACGACGAC